AUGGAGGACCAGAAAGGCUCACCCACAGAGCACUUUGAGCCUCCCCGAAAAGGGUCAACAGGCUCAGACAUCUUAACAGAGAAGACCAUCCACGCCCACAAUGCCACGCUCGCGGCCGCGUUGAGCGAGGAUAAGCAAAGCCCUUGGAGUAGAGGCUACUUCAGACUCUAUGCGAUAUGCAUUCUCGUCUAUCUCUGCUCGACCAUGAAUGGAUACGACGGCAGUCUGAUGGGCUCCAUCAAUGCGAUGCAAAGCUAUAUCGACUACUACAAUCUGCCGCCUGAGGGAAACAGCGGCACCGGGAUCGUGUUUGCCAUCUUCCAGGUCGGGCAGAUGGCAGCCGCGCCCUUCAUCUGGCUGUCGGACUGGAAGGGCAGACGCCCUGCCAUCUUUGUGGGAUGCCUCGGUGUUUGCAUCGGCUCCAUCGUGACAGCCACGUCGCCUACGUUGGGUGGCUUCAUCGCCGGCCGCUUUGUGCUGUCCUUCUUCUCGACCAUCGCGCAGAGUGCUGCUCCUCUCUAUCUCAUCGAGCUGGCUCCUCCUCAGUACCGAGGCACCAUUGCCGGCAUGUACAAUACACUGUACUAUUUCGGUUCCAUCCUCGCGACCGUGACAGUCUACGCAUCGAACCUCCACUUGACAGACAACGGCCUCAUCGCCUGGCGCCUGGCACUAUGGCUGCAGAUGAUCUGUCCCGGCAUCGUGUGCAUGGGGAUCUGGUUCUGCCCUGAGUCUCCCAGAUGGCUCGUGGGCAAAGACCGCAUCGAUGAAGCCCGCAACGUCGUGGCCCGCCUCCAUGCCAACGGCGACAAGGACCACCGCCUCGUCAACCUCCAGGUUGAGGAAAUGACGGCCAGCCUCCGCGCCGAGGGCAUGUUGACGUUCAAAAAAAUGUUCGACCUGCGCGUGCUUUUCAAGUCGCGCGCCCGCCGGUACCGAUUGGGCCUCAACGUCGCGUUUGCCUGGUUCGGCCAGUUCAGCGGCAACAACAUCGCCUCGUACUACCUGCCCUACCUGGUCGCGAACGUCGGCAUCACCGACACGAGCACCCAACUACUACUAAACAUUAUCUACGCCAUCGGUGGGUGGAUCCCCGCCGUGAUCGGGGCGCGGCUGCACGACGUCGUCGGCCGCCGCAAGAUGAUGAUGGGCGUCGCCGUCGGCAUGGCCGUCUGCCUGUUCAUCACAGCCGGGACUGCCGCCGGGUACGUGCAGACCGGAAGCAAGGCCUCGUCCUCGGCGUCCAUCGCCUUCAUCUACGUGUUUGGCUCCAUCUUCGCCCUCGGGUACACGUCCAUGCAGCCCAUCUAUCCGGGCGAGGUGCUCUCCAACGACAUGCGCGCCAAAGGCAUGGGCGUGCUGCAGUUGGUCGGCGGCUGUGCUGGCUUUGUCAACACCUUUGCCGCCCCCGUGGCUUUGAACAAUAUCGGCUACUGGUUCUACGUCUUCUUCGCGUUUUUCGACCUCUUCGAAUUCGUCGUCAUCUACUUCUUCUUCGUCGAGACAAAGGGCCGCACGCUGGAGGAGCUGGAUGAGAUCUUCGAGGCCAAGAAUCCUCGCAAGGCAAGCACCAUGAAGACUACGCUGAGACAAAGAGUCGUUAGGGAGGAGGGCGGAGCGAGACGAGUCAGCGUCGAGGCCGUUUGA